AUGGCAGCUUCCACCGAACAAAACGAAGAUGUUGUUCUAGCAUCUUUUGCCACGCUUUCCAUUCUACAACUCAUAAAAGAUGCACAACAAAAGCAUGGACUUCGUCAUGGAGAUUAUCAACGUUAUCGAGGAUAUUGUGCAAGGCGUGUACGACGUAUUCGUAAAUCGUUAAAGUAUACUCAUGUCCAUAAGAGUGUUCCAAAACAUCCAGCAAAAUUUACAGCACGAAAAAUUAUUUUCGAUGUGGUAUCAGAAGAAAGAUAUUUACAAGUGGCGGUAUUUGACGCAGAACGGAAUUGGUCUUAUGCAAUGCAGCUGAAACAAGAAGCUGGAGAGGACGUACAUUCAAGAAAGAGAUUUCAUAUGGCCAAUAAAUUGAGGAAGGCUGUUCAGCACACUAGCAAUCUCGAAUCGAUCGUUCGGAUGUGUGAUAGGGCAGAUGCCGCAACAAAGCUAGAAGCACAGGCAUACAAUGCGUGGAUGACCGGUUAUUUGUAUUUUGAGUUGAAGCAGUGGAAGAAAGCACUCGACUUUCUAAAGACUGCGAGGAGAAUUUAUGAGAAGUUGGCUGAUGUUGGAAAGUUUCGUGAAUUGGUCGAUCUGUAUAAGGCGAGGUGUCGCGAAAUUCAACCACAAAUGAGGUAUUCUUGUGAGAUUGGUUGGGCCGGUGAGAAAAUAUUGGUGAAGAAUGAUGAAGUAAAGCAGUUGUUACAGGCAGUGGAACAGUUCGAUGCACAACUGCAACAGACCGCAUCGCAUGAGGACAAGUUAGCGCUGUAUGAGCGGUUGUUGAGUGGUGUGCGAGAUACGAUUCAGUUGUGGAAUGAUGAAUUGAAGAAGUCUAGUGGGGGUUUAUUCUCGGGGGGUGCGGGCACUCCAUCAGAUAGCGAUGCAUCCGCGAGUCAACUGAUAAGUGCUUAUCUGGACUUCAUUCGACUCACAAAGACGAUUCAACGUUACAUGCUCAUCGUUUCAUAUACCAAAAGUCAAACGGAAAAGAAAGUGAAACCUCAAGAUUUGCUGCGUUUGUACGAUUCAAUAAUCGAGAGUUGCUCUGAUAUAUUGCAAUUGCCCGCAUUGUAUGAUCGUGCGCAACAGCGAUGUGAUGCUGCUCUAAAAUCAGUGCAGUCGAUUAAAGAGAGCGUUUAUUUUGAGAAGAAUGCAGAGGAUGAACUGAACGAUCUGAGUAAGCAAAUAGUCGCAUCGAAGUAUAUGACCCAAGCGAAUCGAUUGGCUGAGGCAGCUGGGCAAGGCAACGACGAGCAAUCGAGUGGUGUAGUGGAUACGAGGUCGCUGUACGAAACACUCGAUGAGUAUCGCACAGUCUCGGUGGAUGAUCUUCUCAGAAGCGAAUCAGUCAAUGUUGUAUCAUUACCACCGAAUUUCAUCGCAACGCCCAACAAGCCGAUGUUCUUUGAUUUGGCACUUAAUCAUAUCAAAAUGCCUGAUUUGGAAACGAAGAUAUCGUCGUUCGGUGACGAUCAUUCGAGUAAGAGAUCGACCCCGUCGAAACAGCCAAGAAAGGGUGUGGGUUUGCCCAAUGACAAUGCGUCUUUAGAGGGCAUUAGUGGCUUAGUCAAGGGUUGGUUCUGGGGCAAGAAAUAG